AUGAUUUAUUCAAAGUAUCAUAAGAUGCGGUUGAGCAGGGGAUUUGGAAAACAAGGCUUUCAGUGUCAAGUAUGCAGUUUCGUGGUCCACAAAAGAUGCCACGAGUAUGUUACGUUUACGUGUCCCGGCGCAGACAAGGGAGCCGAUUCCGACGACACUCGUACCAGACACAACUUCAAGGCUUACACCUACUCUUCGCCAACAUUCUGCGAUCACUGCGGUUCGCUACUGUACGGCCUGCUCCACCAGGGCCUCAAGUGUCAAGCAUGCGACAUGAACGUACACAAACGUUGCGAGGAGUCGGUGCCAAACUUGUGUGGUUGCGAUCACACCGAGCGACGCGGGCGCAUACAACUCACCGUCUCCUGCGUUGGCAACAAGCUUACCGUCGUCGUGAAGCAAGGCCGGAAUCUGAUACCGAUGGACCCCAACGGUCUAUCAGACCCCUACGUGAAGCUCAAACUGAUUCCUGACUCCGACAAUGUCAAGAAAAAAACCAAGACAAUCCGCAGCUGCCUGAACCCGGAGUGGAAUGAAACACUUACCUUCGAUCUGAAACCUGAAGAUAAGGAUCGAAGACUGUUACUCGAGAUAUGGGAUUGGGAUCGUACCUCCCGUAACGACUUCAUGGGCUCUCUUUCCUUCGGUAUCUCCGAGUUGAUGAAGGCCCCAGCUGAUGGGUGGUUCAAGCUUCUUACACAAGAAGAAGGAGACUACUACAAUGUUCCCGUACCCGAAGAGGGAGCUGACUUAGCUCAACUCAAGAACCAGAUGAAGGCUACAAAUGUCGGCCAACGUAGACCUCCACCCCCACCUGAUCGUGAGGUUCCUCAUAAUAUGGCGGCCGCUGACGUCAUCAGAGCGACAGAUUUCAACUUUAUCAUGGUUCUUGGAAAAGGUUCUUUUGGAAAGGUCAUGUUAGCAGAACGGCGAGGGACUGACGAGUUGUACGCCAUCAAGAUUCUGAAGAAAGACAUAAUAAUACAAGAUGAUGAUGUAGAGUGUACAAUGGUGGAGAAGAGAGUACUGGCCCUCAGCAGUAAGCCUCCUUUCCUCGUACAACUUCACUCCUGCUUCCAGACUAUGGAUCGUCUAUACUUUGUGAUGGAGUACGUGAACGGUGGGGAUCUCAUGUUCCAGAUACAACAGUGCGGGAAGUUUAAGGAACCGGUUGCUGUCUUCUACGCGGCCGAAAUCGCAAUUGGUCUGUUCUUCCUACACUCCCGUGGGAUAAUAUACCGGGAUCUUAAACUUGACAAUGUCCUGCUCGAUCAGGACGGUCAUAUCAAAAUUGCCGAUUUCGGUAUGUGCAAAGAGGGCAUCACUGGUGACAAAACUACCAAGACCUUCUGUGGUACUCCGGAUUAUAUAGCACCAGAGAUCAUUCUAUACCAGCCGUAUGGAAAGUCGGUGGAUUGGUGGGCGUAUGGUGUCCUUUUGUACGAGAUGCUGGUGGGACAACCUCCAUUCGACGGUGAGGAUGAAGAGGAACUGUUCGCGGCUAUCACUGAUAAUAGUGUAUCCUAUCCGAAGACAUUGAGCAAGGAGGCAAAAGAUGCGUGCAAAUCUUUCCUAACCAAGAUCCCUCAGAAGCGUUUGGGUUGUGGAAUGCGGGGCGAAGAAGAUGUGCGCACUCACCCCUUCUUCAGGCGAAUCGACUGGGCCAGGAUUGAGGCCAGGGAUGUGCAGCCACCUUUCAAGCCUAAGAUCAAACACCGUAAGGACGUGUCUAACUUCGACAAGCAAUUCACGGCUGAGAAGACGGAGCUGACGCCAACAGAUAAGCUCUUUAUGAUGAACCUCGAUCAGACUGAGUUCAUGGGCUUCUCCUUCCUCAACCCAGAGUACGUGCAACACGUCUGA